GCGCCGAUGGAGCUGGACCACAGGACGAGCGGCGGCCUCCACGCCUACCCGGGGCCGCGGGGCGGGCCGGUGGCCAAGCCCAACGUGAUCCUGCAGAUCGGUAAGUGCCGGGCCGAGAUGCUGGAGCACGUGCGGAGGACCCACCGGCACCUGCUGACCGAGGUGUCCAAGCAGGUGGAGCGCGAGCUGAAGGGGCUGCACAGGUCGGUGGGCAAGCUGGAGAACAACCUGGACGGCUACGUGCCCACGGGGGACUCGCAGCGCUGGAAGAGGUCCAUCAAAGCCUGCCUGUGCCGCUGCCAGGAGACCAUCGCCAACCUGGAGCGCUGGGUCAAGCGCGAGAUGCACGUGUGGCGGGAGGUCUUCUACCGGCUGGAGAGGUGGGCCGACCGCCUGGAGUCCAUGGGCGGCAAGUACCCUGUGGGCAGUGAGCCGGCCCGCCACACCGUCUCCGUGGGUGUGGGGGGUCCCGAGAGCUACGGCCAGGAGGCUGAUGGCUAUGACUACACGGUCAGCCCCUAUGCCAUCACCCCGCCACCUGCCGCCGGUGAGCUGCCCGGGCAGGAGCCGGAUGAGGCCCAGCAGUACCAGCCAUGGGCACCGGGUGAGGACGGGCAGCCGAGCCCUGGCGUGGACACGCAGAUCUUCGAGGACCCUCGGGAGUUCCUGAGCCACCUGGAAGAAUACCUGCGACAGGUGGGCGGCUCCGAGGAGUACUGGCUGUCGCAGAUCCAGAACCACAUGAACGGGCCGGCCAAGAAGUGGUGGGAGUUCAAGCAGGGCUCAGUGAGGAACUGGGUGGAGUUCAAGAAGGAGUUCCUGCAGUACAGCGAGGGCACUCUGUCCCGCGAGGCUAUCCAGCGCGAGCUGGACCUGCCACAGAAGCAGGGCGAGCCGCUGGACCAGUUCCUGUGGCGCAAGCGGGACCUGUACCAGACGCUCUAUGUGGAUGCCGACGAGGAGGAGAUCAUCCAGUACGUGGUGGGCACCCUGCAGCCCAAGCUGAAGCGCUUUCUGCGCCACCCGCUGCCCAAGACCCUGGAGCAGCUCAUCCAGAGGGGCAUGGAGGUGCAGGAUGGCCUAGAGCAGGCAGCUGAGCCUGCUGGUCCCCAACCCCCCACUGAGGACGAGGCCGAGGCCCUCACGCCCGCCCUCACCAAUGAGUCUGUAGCCAGUGACCGGACCCAGCCCGAAUAGAGGGCAGCCCGGAGCCCCCAGCCUGUCUGCCACACCUAGUCUGUGGCCUUGCCAACAAGGACUUUGAGCUGGGGCCGACUUCUGCAGGGGGAAGCCCUUGUCCACCUGGGCAUCCCACUCGGCCUCCUGGCCUGACUCACAUAGACAUGUGCCAUCCAGAUGCAGGCAACACCACGGACAGCCCUGGAGCCCCUCUCCCCUGCAGGGCUCCUACCUGUCACCCUCUCCUCCGUCUGUCUUCCCUGGCCCUGGGCCUCACCCUCCACACUUUCAGGCCGUGACAGAAAGUCUCCAACUUCCUCAUUCUGUUCCAACGUCCAGGCCCUCUGGGCACUCAGAAAACCAAAUGUCCAGAUGGCAUGGACCACUGGCACCAACCUCAUGGGGUGGGGCACCCAGAGCUGAAGCAAAGGCAGCACCAGUGCCAAGGGAACCUCAACUUCCGGGGAUGCUGCCCUCUCCUGGCAGUCACCACAGAGCCAGCUGGCACCCCACCGCCUCCUAGGGCUGCUGGCCAGCCUCGGGCAGCAGGAUUCCCUCCUCCCAGGAGAGAACCGAAGUCUUAAAUGCAGCAGCAGCAGCAGACCUGACGUCCUGGUGCCUCCUGGCCCCUCAGCACCAGUGAUUCACGCCAGCCUGGAGAAGGAUCAGAGCUCAGCUCGAUGACUCACCGUGGCAGGCGGAGGGUCCCAGAGGGGCUGAGUCCUUAAAUCCGGCUGAGGCAGCAGCCGGUGCCCUCAGAGCCAGGAGAGUGACAAUAGGUCUCAAGGCUCCCACGAAGUCUUCGCUGCUGCGCCUGGCACGCCCUCCACUCCCAAGCUGCCCGCACAGGAGAAGUCCUGGGACAGCCCAGGGGGGCUGCAGAGAGCUGGUGGUGAAGACGGGCCAGCUGAGGGCCAGGGCCUGCCUCUAUGCCCGCCCCGCUGGCUGCCCACUAGCUGCCCCCAGAGCCACUGCAGCUGCAGUCAGGGGUCGACUACUCUGAGCUGUGCUCCCUCCCCGCACAGGAGACCUGCUUGCUGCAUGGCCAUGGUCUCCCGCCAGAGCCUUUCAUGAGCCCUGAGCCUGGGGCCACAGCCCCUGCCCUGCGUGGUGGCCCCAUGCCCAGCCCAGGAGAUCCCCAAGCCCCUGCUCCGGGGCUGUUCCAGGCACUGUGUCUCACCCUGCCAUUGCCCAGGCCUUGGCCCCACUCCAUCCCCCAGCACCAACACCCUGGUGCUGGCGGCCUCUCGCAUCUGCAGCCCGAGCAGGCCCCGGUUGGAGAUUCCUCCUUCUGCCUUGGUCACUGGGGUUUCCAGACUCUGGGAGGCCAGCUCUGCAGAAAGCUCUGACAGAUCCUCCACUCCACACCCCUGCCAGCCCCACAGAUUUUAUUUUUGCACAUAAGCCAUAACCCAUACUCAUAGGCUGGCACAGGCUGCAGAGAGGCCCUGGGCCUGGGGAGACCCCAGGGACCUCGAGAGGGUGUGGCCACUCCCCCCUACCCCAGAUCAGGCCUUGAAUGUCCGGCCAGGCCCUGUGUACCCCUGCCUUCUUACCCUGAAGACAGACUCCUUUUGUAAGAUUUUGUUAAUAAAACAUAAAACAUU